AUGAAUGACCUCAAUACACUACUUGGAAACAUAAACAGAAAUUUCCUCUAUUCUCCUCAAGCAAUUGAAGAAGUAUUAAACCAUUUUAAUUCUAGGGGAUGGUUGUCCAGACCCAUACGUGAUCAUAGCAGACGUCAUGCCUAUAUGAUAUUUGGAUAUGCUGUUACAGAAGAAUGCAGGAGAAUAGGAGAAACUAAUAACAGACUAAUACGACGAGCCACGAAUCGCUUAUGGAGAAAUUCUACAAGUCAUGAAAAAUCUGUAUAUCGUGAUUUAUCACGAAGACAAUCUAAAUUUCGUGAAUGA